GGCCGGCAGGCGGUCGCCUCCAUGGUGGUGCGCUGUCCAGCAUUUCAGCAAGCGGCGGCGGCGGCGGCGGCGGCGCCCGCGGGGAGACGGAGGGCGCGGGCCGCGGGGGCCGCGGAGCUGCCCCGCUGAGCCAAGGCGAGUCGAGCGGACGAGGCGGCCCGGACGAACGGGGCCGGAGGGCCUGGCUCCGGCUCCCGGCAGAGCGCGGCGGUCGGCGGGGAGGGCGGGCGGCCGAGGCCAGCGGUCCGGGGUCAGGCGCCAUGUCCUCCACCGUGAACAAUGGCGCAGCCGGCAUGCCGUCCCCGCCCGACGCCGCCAACGGCUUCCCGCAGCCCGGCGCCUCCUCCGGGGCCUGGCCCCGAGCCGACGAGGAGCUGCGGGCCGCGGAGCCGGGCCUGGUGAAGCGCGCGCACCGCGAGAUCCUGGACCACGAGCGCAAGCGGCGCGUGGAGCUCAAGUGCAUGGAGCUGCAAGAGAUGAUGGAGGAGCAGGGGUACUCAGAAGAGGAGAUCCGGCAGAAGGUUGGGACCUUUCGGCAGAUGCUGAUGGAGAAGGAGGGAGUGCUCACCAGGGACGACCGGCCUGGGGCCCACCUGUGAGUGCAGG